CCUGGUGCGGGAGCAGCCCAUGAGCCCAGGCCACUGUCCGACAUGGCGAGCGCCAUCUACGACUCCCUCCUGGAGAGUACGGACGGGGCCAGCGUCGAUGCCGGCUGGUCCCUGCCCUACGCAUUGGGCUUCCAGGUGUCGCUCACCAGCUUCCUGCUGCUGGAGAUCCUGCUGGGCUGCAGCAGCAACCUGACGGUGCUGGCGCUGUACUGCUCGCAACCCGGCCUGGUGGACUCGGUCAGCACCGUGGUGACCAUGAACCUGCACGUGCUGGACACGCUAGUGUGCCUGGUGUGCAUGCCCCUGACCAUCGCCGUGCUGCUGCUGGCACCGGAGCACAAUGGGCCCCUGCUCGGCUGCUUCCACGAGGCCUGUGUCACCUUCGGCAGCGUGGCCACCGCCGCCAACGUGCUGGUCAUCAGCCUGGACCGGUACGACAUCUCGGUGCGGCCGGGGCGCCGGGUGCUGACGCCCAGCCGCACCGCCCUGCUGCUGGCCGCCAUCUGGCUGCUCUCGCUGCUUAGCUUCUUCCUGCCCUUUCUGGAGCUGGAGAUCCUGCGGGGCCCCCGCCCAGCGCUCUGCCUCCACGUCCCCGGGCCCCAGGCCGAGCUGGCCACGUGCUACCACCUGCUGCUGCAGAUCCCGGCCUUCGCCGCCGCCGGGGCCGUCAUGCUGCUGACCUAUGCCCGGGUCCUGCGGGCCCUGGACAUUCGCCUGGGCGGGCGCCGCUUCCGCAGCCAGCGCAAGCGCCGGAAAGCAGCGGAGCCGGGUGCCGGCGUGGGAGAGGCCCAAAGGCCGGUGCAGGUGCCGCCGGCGCUGCCCCCCCAGCCCAUGCGGGUGCAGGCCUCAGUCUCGGUGAUCGUGGCUCUCCGGCGGGCCGUCAGGCGGCACCGCGACCGCCGGGAGCGCCAGAAACGGGUCUUCAGGAUGUCGCUUGUCAUUGUCUCCACCUUCCUGGUGUGCUGGGCGCCCAUCUCCAUCGCCAACCUGCUGGUCCUGUGCCUGGGGCCCAGCCGCCUGCUGCUCCAGCUGCGCCUCUGCUUCCUGGCCCUGGCGUACGGCACCACCGUCUUCCACCCGCUGCUCUACGCCUUCGCCCGCCAGAAGCUGCGCGCCGCGCUGCGCAGCAAGCUGAGGAAGCGGGUGGUCUCGGCGCUGCAGGUGGACCCUGCGCCUGGGGGCACCAUCAUCCACAACUCCUGGGUGGAGCCCCACAAGGGCCGCCGGGCCCGGCCUGCGGGCAGCGUGGGGGCACAGCGCUGCCACACCCAGGGGCUGAGGGAGUGAGUGGGUGGCACACGCCGGGGCCUGGCUGAGCGCAGCCAGCAGGACCCAGACUGCAACAUGGUCACUUGCCCGGGCCGGGCCAGGCAGCUCCGCUC